GAUAACUUUUCCGGUCUCCUUUUAGGGCCCAUCCUUUUUUGUAGCUCCUCCUCCUUUGCUCAAAUAAAUGUGAGUGAACCUCCAGGUUUGGUCCUAGACUCCUUUCUCCUUUUUGCUUAUACUCUCUCCCAAUAAACUCUUCUAGUCCCUUGGCUUUAAGUAAAAUUUAAAUAAUCUAACUAUGACUUCUCAUUUAAACACUGGACUUUUUUGUAUAGCUAUUCUACUUGGAUGGCUGAUGGACACUUCAAAAGUAUUAAUAACACUUCCCAAACAGAACUUUUUAUUUUUCUCUCCUUUGAACUCUGUAUUCCCAAGUCUGCCUCAUUUCAGAAAAUAGCAGUUACUGACUACCCAAGUUGCUCAAGCCAAACACCUCUAGGAGUCAUCCUUGAUUCGUUUCUUUCCUUAUGCCCUACAAAGUGUUGAUGAUCAAAAGUGUUGUUGACUCUCCUUGAAACAUGUUCUAAAUUCAUUCAUUUUUCUUCAUUUCUACUACUACUUUACUAGUCCAAGCAACCACUACCAUCUCUCAUUUGGAUUACUUCAAUAGCUUCCUAAUUGGUCUUUCUGCUUCCAUUCUUGCUCCAUUACAAAUCUUUUCUUUAUAGAACAGCCAGAGUAAUUUUUAAAAAAUAAUAAUUUCAAUGAGAUUAAGCUACUCCCUCAUAAAUCUCUAGUGGCUUUUCUUUGAUUUAUACACAAAAUGUCCAUGGUUUGGCACUUAUCUAUAUCUCUAAUCUUAAUAACUGUUUCUCUCUGGCUCAUUAUGUUCUAGUCAUAUUUGCCAUUGUUCCACAAACACACCAAAUUUAUUCCCACUUUAAAGCUUUCUGUUUGUUAUCGUUUUUUGCUUGAAAGCACAUAAUCCCAAAUUCUUGGUUAGCUUAUUAUUGUCAUUUCAGAUCUCAGAGCAGAUGUCACCAACAGAGAGACUUUUUCUCAUCUACAAAUCUAAAUUUACUCCUACCUCGAUGUAGUCAUGUUGUAUACUAUGUUUAAUUUUCAUAAAAACACUUAUGGAACCCUUUUUUACCUAAUAUUUUCUUAUUUUAUUCUGUAGCUAUCAUUAGCUAGAAUGAAAGCUCUGUGAGAGUAGAAACCUUGUCAUGUUCACCACCACCUUUCUCUAGUACCUUAGGAUAGUAUCUAUCACAUACUAUAAAAAUGUUCCUCAUAAAAAUGUGAAUGUACCAAAUUGGUGAGUGUUUGGUUUUAGAUUGAAUAUUAUAUUGAAUGGAGACUAAAAAUCUAGUAUCUACCAAAAAUAGAUAAAAUUAUUUUUAUAACUUAAUGUUUAUUUCUUUAUUUUCUGCUUUAAAAAAAGUUAACUGGCUUAUUUCUAUACUUUUUGAAUUUUUAUUUUGUUUUUGAAAGAUGAAAUAGUUUGUCAGCUGUCAUUCAUGAACACUUCUCUAUAAAUAAUUUGUUAUGGUAUGGAUAGUCUUUAUGCCCCAAAAUGAAAACCAGAUGGCUUUACUUGUAGCUAGUUAUUCUCACUGUCUUAUUUUUAAAUUGGCUUUUGAAAUACUGGAGACACAUUUAAGUGCUAUAAAAAAAAUUGUGAUUAUGUGGAAUACAGCUUAUGGAACUAAUGGAAACCAUCUUGAGGUUUCCAGUGAUUAUCUGCAGGAAUCGCCAUGACCCCAGCUCUGAGGGAGGCAACAGCAAAGGGUAUCUGCUUUUCAUCUUUGCCAAGUACCAUGGAGUCUGACAAGAUGCUAUGCAUGGAAAGUCCAAGAACUGUAGAUGAAAAGCUAAAGGGAGACACUCUCUCUCAGAUGCUGGGAUUUCCGACUCCCGAGCCUACUCUUAAUACUAAUUUUGUGAAUUUAAAACAUUUUGGCUCUCCUCAGUCUUCAAAACAUUAUCAGACAGUUCUUUUAAUGAGUUCUAAUUCUACAUUAAAUAAAUACAGUGACAAUUAUAAACAAAAAAAAUUAGGGGAGCCCAAUUGCAAUAAGCUGAAAAACAUACUGUGUAAUGGCAGCAACAUUCAGCUCAGUAAAAUCUGUCAUUCUCAUUCUGAAGAGGUCAUCAAAAAGGAACCUUUAUCAGAUACCACAAGCCAGUGCAUGAAAGAUGUACAAAUUAUUUUGGAUUCAAAUGUAACUAAAGACACUAAUAUAGAUAAAGUACAACUGCAAAACUGUAAAUGGUACCAAAAGAAUGCAUUUUUGGAUAAAGUUACUGAUGCUGAGAUUAAAAAGAGUUUAUUUCACUGUACUCAAAAGAAAAUUGGACCUGGCCACUCAAAUGUGCCUAUUAGUUCAUCAGCUGCUGAAAAAGAGGAGGAAGUGAAUGCUCGUUUACUUCAUUGUGUAAGCAAACAGAAAAGUUUACUUAGCCAGGCUAGAAGAACUCAGAAACACUUGCAGAUGCUCCUGGCAAAGCAUGUUGUUAAGCACUAUGGUCAGCAAAUGAAAUUUUCUAUGAAACAUCAGCUCCCCAAAAUGAAGAUCUUUCAUGAAUCUACCACAAUUUUGGGUAACAGUUUACCUAAAUGCACUGAAAUUAAGCCAGAAGUCAACAUAUUGACUGCAGAGAAUAAAUUAUGGGAUGAUAUAAAAAAUGGCUUUGCACAGUGUACAGCUGCAGAAAUCCAAAGAUUUGCACUGUCUGCUACAGGGCUGUUGUCUCAUGUUGAAGAGGGUCUGGAUUCUGAUGCAACUGAUAGCAGCUCUGAUGACGAUUUGGAUGAAUAUACCGUUAGAAAAAAUGUGGCAGUUAACUGUAGUACUGAAUGGAAGUGGCUUGUAGACAGAGCAAGAGUUGGCAGCCGAUGGACUUGGCUUCAAGCCCAGAUUUCAGAGCUCGAAUACAAAAUCCAACAACUAACAGAUAUUCACAGGCAGAUUCGUGCCUCCAAGGGGAUAGUGAUCCUAGAAGAAUGUCAACUUCCAAAAGACAUUUUGAAAAAACAAAUACAAUUUGCAGACCAAGCAGCUUCGUUAAACACUACAGGGAAUCCUCAGGUUCCCCAAGAGUGUCAAGAUCCUUUACCAGAACAAGAUUUUGAAAUGUCACCAAGCAGCCCUACUUUACUUCUUCGAAACAUAGAAAAACAGAGUGCACAGUUGACUGAGAUCAUCAACAGUUUGAUUGCCCCUCUCAACUUGUCCCCAACUUCAUCACCCCUCUCCUCCAAAUCCUGUAGCCAAAAAUGUCUGGCUAAUGGCAUUUCCAGGAGUGCUUCAGAGAAUUUAGAUGAGCUCUCUUCCUCCAGUAGCUGGUUUCUUAACCAGAAGCACAGUAAGAAAAGGAGAAAAGACAGGACAAGAUUGAAAUCUCCAUCCUUGACUAUCGUGAGUACAGCAGCCCGAACAAGGCCACUUCAGAGUUUCCACAAACGAAAACUCUACAGAUUGAGCCCUACUUUUUAUUGGACUCCACAGACUUUGCCUUCAAAAGAGACAUUUUUAAAUACUACACAAAUGCCUUGCCUACAAUCAGCUUCGACUUGGAGUAGCUUUGAACACAAUUCAGAGUCUCGGCUAUUAAGAGAACAUGUAUCAGAGUUAGAUUCCUCUUUCCAUUCUGUUCUAUCAUUGCCAUCAGAUAUGCCUCUUCAUUUUCACUUUGAAACAUUGUUAAAAAAGACUGAAAUAAAAGGAGAUCUUGCUGAAAAUAAAUUUGUAGGCGACUGUAUCAUAUCUCCAUCACCUGUACAUAGCACUUCUCUGAAUCAAUGGAGAAAUGGAUAUUCACCUACAUGUAAACCUCAAAUAAGGUCAGAAUCUUCUACACAACUGUUACAGGGAAGAAAGAAAAGACAUUUGAGUGAAACAGCAUUAGGAGAAAGAACUAGAUUUGAAGAAUUUGCUUUUCAACACACAGUACCAGAAUCCCAUAGCAACUUUACUGCUGUUUCUAAUGUCAACGUUUUAUCAAGAACCCAGAAUUCAUCAUCACAGAAUACUACACGACGGAGAUUGAGAAGUGAGAGCUCUUAUGACAUAGAUAACAUUGUGAUUCCUAUGUCAUUAGUAGCACCAGCUAAGUUAGAGAAACUCCAAUAUAAGGAAAUACUUACUCCAAGCUGGAGGAUGGUUGUUCUUCAGCCAUUGGAUGAACAUAAUUUGGGUGAAGAAGAGAUAGAAGAUCUUUCUGAUGAAGUCUUCUCCCUAAGACACAAAAAAUAUGAAGAGAGAGAGCAAGCCAGGUGGUCACUAUGGGAGCAAAGCAAGUGGCAUAGAAGAAACAGCAGAGCCUACAGUAAAAAUGUUGAAGGACAGGAAUUGCUUUUGAAAGAAUAUCCAAAUUACUUGAAUAGCAGUCAGCAAUGUGCUGCUGAAAGUCCUCCUGAGCUGCUUUCUGAGAGCUAUGACCUGUGUGCACGUGGUUCACCUUCUUUAAAUCCAAGUCAAGAAAUCAAGUCUUUGUGGUGGGAACGACGGGCUUUUCCACUGAAGGAUGAAGAUGCAGCAGCCUUAUUAUGCCAAGAUGAAAAAAAGGAUCAGACUGAAGGGUCAAGCACAGUUUUCCAUGGUGAAAUCUUCUGUACCAGUGCACCAGAGAAUGGCCACCACGCAAAAAAGCAGUCAGACGAAAUGGAAGAGUACAGAACCUUUGGUCUAGGACAUACUAAUGUUAAAAAAAAUAGGUGACAGGGAACAGGUUAAGCAAACUAUGUAAAUGAAGGGAAGAAAGGAAAAGGGCAUGGGGGAUCCUUGUUCUGGAUCCCCCAUGCCCUGGAAUUCUUAUUCCAGAACAAGAGCAUGUACUGCAUGUAUUAAUCUUUUAUGCUGUUUAUGAAACAGGCAAGAGAAGUCUCUUUUUCAUUCAUGAACCACAGGAGUA